ACGUCACUGGGAAAUUCCAGUGGGGAAGUAAAUUGUAUUAACAACUGUCCAAUUCACAUUCUAGUUGUCUUUUGUUCUUAACCAUUUGACAUAUACCAUCAUUGCUCAAUUUAAACACAUGUAUUUAGUCUGAUCAGAUAACACUGGUAGUGGCCGACAUCUGCCGCUGUUUAAUUAGCUCGAGCCACUACUAGACUAGAUACUUUAACAGCUUGCUAAUGAGUUCACCCAAACAGCAUGGCGCAAUAGGUGCGAAACUCAGUUCAAAUUAGGUUGGGACUGCCACUGCAAUUUCAUGUUGGAAUCGGAUUUGUGACCUCGUAAAGCAGUCACAGACACAAAAAUGGCUGAUGAGGAUUACCUGUCAAAUCAAACCCCGUUCUAUGAUCCACUAUGGGAUAUCUCAUCUUACUCGGACAUACCACAGCGAACAGUGGAUGGGCCGUACCUUCAGAUCACUGAGCAGCCUAAACAGAGGGGCUUCCGUUUCCGGUACGGCUGCGAGGGGCCGUCUCAUGGUGGACUCCCGGGAGCGUCCAGUGAGAAGAACAGGAAGUCCUAUCCUCAGAUCAAGAUCUGUAACUAUCAGGGCAUGGCUCGUCUGGUGAUCCAGCUGGUCACUAACUCCAGCAGCCCACACCUGCAUGCUCACAGUCUGGUGGGCAAGCAGUGUGAAAAGGGCAUCUGCAUCGCUGACCUGCAGCCCAAAGACUCCUGCCUCAGCUUCCCCAACCUGGGGAUCCUGCAUGUGACCAAGAAGAACGUGAUCAAGACCCUGGAGGAGAGGAUGAGCGAGGCCUACAGGAUGGGCUACAACAGUGGGCUCGCCAUCCACCCGGAAAUCGACGUCUACCAGGGAGAGGUCCGCUUCCCCAGGGAGCUCACAGAGCACCAGAAGAGCCUGAUCAGCAGUGCAGCAGGCCAGCAGUCUAAGGAGAUGGACCUGAGUGUGGUGCGUCUCAUGUUCACGGCCUUCCUGCCGGACAGCGACGGGGGCUACUCUCGCAGGCUGGACCCCGUCAUAUCAGACCCCAUCUUCGACAGCAAGGCUCCUAACGCCUCCAACCUGAAGAUCGUGAGGAUGGACAGAACGGCUGGCUGUGUGACUGGGGGAGAGGAGGUCUAUCUGCUCUGUGACAAGGUUCAGAAAGAUGACAUCCAGGUGCGUUUCUACGAGGAGGACGACAGGGGGAUGACCUGGGAGGCCCUGGGAGACUUCUCCCCCACCGACGUCCACCGGCAGUUUGCGAUCGUCUUCAAGACCCCCAAGUACCGGGACCUGAACCUGCAGAAGCCCACGUCGGUGUUCGUGCAGCUGAAACGCAAGUCUGACAACGAGACGAGUGAGCCCAAGCCCUUCACCUACCACCCUCAGAUCAUAGACAAGGAGGAGGUUCAGAGGAAGAGGCAGAAGACGCUCCCUAACUUCCAGGACUUCAGCGGCGGAGGGGGCAUGUUCGGAGGCGGAGGGGGCGGGCCCACAGCGGGGGGCGGGCCCGGCACGGGCGGAGGAGGAGGUUACUUUCAGGGCUAUUACAACAACUACAACACAGGCUAUGGAGCAGGGUUCUCCACCAGUAUGAGUGGAGGUGGGGCUGGCAUUAAACAUGCCCCUCAGAGCAGAGCGGAGGACAGCGGAGACGACGGCAGCGACCCAGACGAUGACCCGGCCUCAGGGGCCGUUCUGAGGAUCAGAGCCCAGCCGGGGCCCACCUCUCCUGGGGAGCUGGAGGAGGAGGGAGGGGCGGAGGUGGAGCCGGAGGUGGAGGGUGGGUCAGGAGAGACAGACCGAGCGUGUGUGUGGGAGGACAGGCUGCUGAGGGUAGCAGAGAGACAUGCAGCAGCUCUGUUCCAGUACGCCGUCAGUGGUGACACCUGCUGCCUGCUGGCCCCACAGCGCCACCUACUGACCACCCAGGACGAGGACGGAGACACGGGCCUCCAUCUGGGAGUGAUCCACAGCCAGACUGCAGCAGUGACCAGUCUGGCCCAGGUCAUAGCCAGCCUGCCUGGAGAGGAUGGCCUCAACAUGAGGAAUUACCUGUACCAGACUUCUUUGCACCUAGCUGUGAUCACCCAGCAGAAAGAGGCAGUCCAGGCCCUCCUAUUAGCCGGAGCUGAUGUCACUAUGGUCGAUCGCCACGGCAACACAGUGCUGCAUCUGGCUGCCCAGCAGAAGGAGGAAGGCAUGCUGGGAUUCCUGCUGCAACACCAGGAAGUGACCCAACUAGUGGAGCUCCCCAAUGCAGCAGGUGUGUGUGCGGUGCACCUGGCCGUGCUGGCAGACAGCCUGGCCUCGCUCAGGGCUCUCCUGCAGGCCCGCGCCAGCGUGGAGGUCCAGGAGAGGAGCUGCGGACGCACCGCCCUCCACCUGGCCACCGAGAUGGACAACGUCUCCCUGGCUGGGUGCCUGCUCCUGGAGGGCAACGCCAGCGUGGACUGCUGCACCUACAACGGCUCCACCCCCCUGCACAUCGCUGCCGGACGGGGCUCUGUCAAACUCACCGCCCUGCUCAUCGCCGCUGGUGCUGAUCCUCACAGAGAGAACUUUGAGCCUCUGUUCUUCAGAGAGGAAGACUCCUGCGGGGAGGAGGAAGAGGAGGAUGAAGGCUAUAUCCCAGGAACAACGCCACUCAACAUGGCUGCCAGUGCUGAGGUGUCGGAGGUCCUGAACGGGAAGGAGUACGAGCCAGAGACCCCCUUCUCAGUCUGCGUCCCUCCUCAAGGGGACAUGGGGACCCUGGGCCCGGACACCAAGCAGGCUCUGUGCCGGGUGCUGGAGGAGGGGGCGUGCGGGGGCUGGGAGAGCCUGGCUCGGGCCCUGGGCAUGGGCAUCCUCAGCUGUGCCUUCAGACUCAGCCCCUCGCCCGCCACUACGCUGCUGGACAGCUACGAGGUGUCUGGGGGAAUCGUCAAGGAGCUGGUAGCCGGGUUAGAGGCUGUGGAAAACGACAUGGCUCUCGCUGUCCUACAGGGGGCGCUGAAUACCACCAAGGAUGUUGCAGUAUUACAAAGCACAACAGAGCUCCAGGAUGUGUGCGUCUCCGGGGCGCUGGAGGACCUGAAGCUCGACGGCCAGCAGGACAGCGGCUGGUGUGACAGCGGCGUGGAGCUGUCCACAGCGUGAACGCCUAGCGACGCAAACGCCUAGCAACACAACCCUCGUCUCCCUACACGACCCCCGUCUCAUAUGCCAGUGAAAGACCGCCACCACAGCCCACUCUCUCCGCCACCACAGCCCACUCUCUCCGCCACCACAGCCCACUCUCUCCGCCUGGAAGGGACUUUGCAUAUGCACUCCUAGGUCAUCAAAGACUUCUUUUUAUAUGACAUGAAACUGUUUUUAUAUAGUGUUGUUAUCAAUAUUUCUUUCUUUUUUAAGAGUAAAGAGAACAUGUUUAAAUGAUUGUCAGUGAAACUGUUGGACAUUUACUAAUGAAUUCUUUGUUGGUAUACUCGACUGAGUACUUUCAAGGGAAAGUGGAAAAUAAGGAAGACAUUUAGUAGCCUAAUGUGUAUGCUAUGGUUCCAAAAUAAUCUUACAAUACGAAUGUUAGUUAUUUAAUUAUUUAGAUUGUAGUUAUCCACACUACAGUCUCCAUCACUGUGGAUGUUUCCUUGUUCAUAUAUUCAACUGUCAACAGAUUAGAAUUAUGCUUAUUGGUUGUUCAAACAAUUUGGAUAGCACAGGAUUUACAAUGGCAAAGUAUGUAGUGGUCAACGUUGGUUUGUCAUGGAACUUUACUACUUUUGGGAAUUUUUAACCCUUGUGCUGCCUUCGGGUCACAAUCACCCAAAGGUUCACAACGACCCAUCGUUGUGUUGCGACAACUUUACCCAAUACAAAAACAAAUAAAAAGGAUUUUUACCUUUGUGCUGUUGGGGAUCUGAGACAGCCCAACGGUUAAAAGAAAAUGCUUCACUUUAUAUUUGUAUGAGGUAAAGUUGUCGCAACACGACGGUGGGUCACAAUGACCGGAAGAUAACACAAGGGUUAAAGUAGCGGUUCAAACAUAUCAAUGUAUCACUCAGGUAAAACAGGUCAUGAUGAUUGUAGAAUGUUCUCUGCAACACCCUUGGCUCAGUGUACAACCUUCUCCACACCACUGGUGUCUGACAGUUGCUUGUGUUAAGCAUAGACCUCUUUAUACCCACUUGUUAUUGAGGUAAGAGGCCCAACACCUUGUCCUGAAGGCCUGUUUCUGUUAUUUUUAGACCUGUAUCAUGUACUCCAUCUCUGUAUCUUGGCACUUGAGUGAAAGUUUUGUAUUGUGUUUCAAUGAUUUCUCCAUGUGACAUUCAUCAGGUUAUCACUUGUUUGUUAACAGUUUUGGACUAGCCAGUACAGUUUAAUAUGCUUCAUGUUCUUAGUUUAACCCCUCCAUUGUAUGAGUUAAGAAAGUUCAUUUAUAAAACUGCUAAAAUAUACUCAAUUUCCAGGUUGUUUGGAGGGGAAGCUGGAAAAUGGGUGAAGCGGAUUUAAGAGACAUUUUUUUGUAUUUCAAACCGAAGGUUUGACAGGCACUGCAUCACUGUGGGGCUUACGCUGGGAUAUUUAUACAUGUACCCUGUCAAACUGCUUUGUGUACAGUCAGUUUGCUUCAACUGAUUAUUGUAAAACUUUUUUUAAAUAAAAAUGGUAAAUAGCUA